AUGAAGAAUCAUUAUUCUUCUGUUUUUCCCCUAGUUAGAGAUAUGUGCGUCAAAGGCAUGGUGGUUGAUGAGUGCACCCUCAAUGUUGUGAUUAAUUGUUAUUGUCUGGUGGGUCGAGUGGAUUUGGGGUUUUCUGUACUGGGUGGAUUCUUUAAGCGUGGUAUUGUGCCCAAUGUAGUCACCUUUAAUACUCCACUCAGAGGACUGUUUCAAGAACAUAAGGCUCUCCAGGCACACGAAUUGUUCAAAAAGAUAAUAUAUGAAAAACUUUGUGAGCCCGAUGAAGUUACGUCUGGGAUUGUGAUACGUGGACUUUGUCAGAAGGGAAACACUGGAACUGCCAUUGACUUCCUCCGAGCAAUGGAAAAACAAAAAAGACCAUGUAAACCUAAUGCAAUUAUUUACAGUACCAUCAUUGACAGCUUGUGCAAGGAUAAAAUGGUUGAUGAAGCUCUUGCCCUCUUACAGGUUUAUAACAUUGUUCCAGAUGUUAUUACUUUUAGUAUAGUGGUGGAUGCACUAUGUAAGGAAGGGCAUAUAGAAGAUGCUGACGAGAUAGUCCAGAUCAUGAUCCAGCAAGGUCAAAAUCCCGACCGGGGCACACACAGUUCCUUAAUGGAUGGGUACUGUUUACAGAAGCGAAUAGAUGAUGCAAGGAGAGUUUUCAAUACCAUGGUUGCUAGUGGCCUUACACCUGAUCUCCAUAGCUAUGGUAUUCUAAUAAAUGCCUAUUCCAAGACCAAGAAAGUGGAAGCAGCCAUGAAUCUCUUUCGAGAGAUUCGACAUCAAGGUUUAACACCUAAUAUCGUUAUUUAUAACACUGUGUUGCAGGGGUUAUUUAGUUCAAGAAGGCAUCUUAGUGCAUGA